AUGGCUGUCCUUGCUCUAAUCUCAGUUCUUUCUCUCAGUGUCCCCUCAGCAGCUGUGGCUGCCCAGAUCAGGCUGGUGAAUGGGGACAGUCGGUGCUCAGGUCGAGUGGAGGUGUAUCUCCGUUACCGGUGGGGAACUGUGUGUGAUGAUGACUGGGGCAUGAGUGAUGCUGAGGUGGUGUGCAGAGAGCUGCGUUGUGGCACUGCUGUUUGUGCCCCUCAGUCAGCAUUCUAUGGUCAAGGGACUGGGCAGAUUUUAAUGGAUGAUGUCAGUUGCUCCGGUACUGAACAGUCUCUGACCCAGUGCUCCUACAGAGGAACACAUGACUGUGGCCAUCGUGAGGAUGCAGGGGUGGUGUGUUCCACGAGAGGUCCCUCCAUCUCUCUCAUCUCAUCAUACUCAGCAGUCUUAGCUGGAGAAACUGUUCGGAUCAGAUGUUCUAGUGCAUACCGGUGCAAUGGCAACCUACUUCUUCUGUACAGAAAUGGAGUUAACGUGAAUUCAGAGGCUCUUGGUUCCUCCCAGAGCAGUGCUACGUUUACUCUGUCUAAUGUGGACUCCUCUCACCAGGGCAGUUACACAUGUGCCUACUCCUCCUCCUCUACUCAUAGCCAACCCAUUAGCAUCACUGUAGUUGAACUACAGAAGCCAAGUCUUUCACCGGAAACCAGCAAAAAGAUUUCUUGGGGUCAGUCUGCCCAGAUGAGGUGCUCAAUCUUCACACAGCAUCAGGGCGAUACAUUCAUCCUACAGCAGCUCUCUGGGUCAUUUACAGAGACCAAGAGAGUUACUGGAACCUCUGCCCUCUUCACCAUUCCUCAAGUGGACUUUACCCAUGAAGGACGCUACUACUGCAAGUAUAGAACAAGGGUUUCCAGUCGUGAAUUCACAUCCCCUCAAAGUUCUACUGUCAGCCUUUCUGUAAUAGUGGUGCUUGUGCAGCCCAACAUCUCUCUCAGUGCCCCAGAUGGAGGGCUGUUCUGGGGGUCUCAGGGGCCAGAGGUGACCAGGGGCCACAGCCUCUCCCUCAUCUGCUCUACUGAGCCACAGCACCAAGGAGGCUCCUUCCACCUCAUCUUUGAUGGGUCUAACAGCACCAGGACUCAGCUCGCCAUCAACCACUCAGCCUCCUUCUACAUUCCUGAGGCAGACUACUCCCACCAGGGCAACUACAGCUGUGUCUAUGAGGUCACUGUGUCCAGCCGCACCUUCAAGUCAACACAGACAGCACCACUGACAGUCAUUGUAAGAGCAUCCCUGGCACCCAUCAUUGCAUCUGGGGUGAUUUCAGGGUUGUUCCUACUUCUGCUGAUUCCUGCCAUCCUCUACCUGGUGAAGAAAAAGUGUUUGAGUGACACACAUACACACACAAUACAGAUGGACAAUGUUACAUACAGUUCUGCGAAUACAUACGAAAUUAAUGGACGAGGUGGGACACCAGAUGAAGAUGAGAACAUCUAUAUGAACACUGUCAUGCCUGCUGACCAGAGGGAUUGUGGUAAAGACACUGAUGGAGAUCUGGAAGAAGACUAUAUGAAUGUAGAGGAGCUGAAUGGCCCAACAGACAAUCAGUCUGAACAGGAUGACAUCUAUCAAAACUAUAACAGAGACUGUUGGGGCAUGUUUAGAUUUCAUGUAGUCGCACAGAUCCAGACUUGACUUGGAUAGUGCCUUUUUCAAGGUUAGCACUAGACAAACCACAUAUCUGUGUGACUCAAAAUGAGUGAUAUGUGAUGUCGCAAAAUGUUCAUCUCCCACCCGGGCCGAUCAUUCAGCCAUACAAUACUUUGUCUUAUCAUUCAUCCGACGACACACAAUUAUUUGUCUU